GUUAUGAUUAACACCAUGAUUAACUACAGCAGCCUUCGUCAGCGAAAUAUUUUCUCUGUUCAUUUGGGGAAACCAUUAACUAUUAAAAACCUUUCCAUGUGAGACUGCGGGAAUCAGUAAACGCCAGAAGCGUGAUGGAUGUGGCCACAGCGCCAGCCCGCAGGAAAACAAGCCCGUCUGAAUGUGGCUUUGAAGAAAAGGAGCUGUCCUGAUCAGAAAUUUGGGUUUGGAGGCAGCGCGCCCCGCCCUCUGGCCCUUUAUAAGAGCCUGUUGGCAGGAAGGUCAAACAAAAACAGGAACACUGGAGAUCGCGUCGCUGUUCAUGACGCACUCGUGGAUGUGAACUCUGGCUGAGACCUAACGGAUUACGCCGGCUGUUUUUGACGACAAGCAAAGCCCACGAGUGGCCAUGGAUCUUCUCAAUCACAACUACUUGAAUGCGCGCAACCCGUAUGACUACACUUUCAAUUUCUGGAACGACUAUCUCGGGCUGACGACUUUGGUUACUAAGAAUAAUCAACUCAGCAUGCCCCAGAACCCCAACUCCAUCACCGAGUCCCUCAAAGCGACUCUGGGUUUGGACGACUCCCCGGAGUGUCCAUGCGUAAUCGCGGGCGGCGUUGGAGAGAGCGGACAGCUGGACUGCUGCUGCCCGUCCGGGAGCCCCCCGCCGCCCUCCAUCCUGGACCUGAAGGAGCGUUUCUCGAUCCUUAGCCCCUUCCAGAGUCAACUGCCUGAGCGGGAGGUGGGCUUUGGAGGGAGCUUCGCUGGGUUCGAUCUGUUUGGUAUGGAGAGGAAGAUGCGCAAACCCGCUUCCAGGAGCAAACAGGAGCCGAAAAUCUGCGUCUUCUGCCGAAAUAACGGAGCGCCGGAGGAGGUGUUCGGAUCUCACGUCCUGAAAACUCCGGACGGCAGGGUCGUAUGUCCAAUUCUGAGGGCUUAUACCUGCCCUCUCUGCAGUGCCAACGGGGACAAUGCCCACACAAUAAAAUACUGUCCACUGUCAAAAGACCAGCCAUCCCAGCGACCAUUAAAGGGGGGCAGGGCUGUGGGCGGUAAGAGGAUGAAAAUCUUCUAAAACAGGAGACUGUAAGGAAAACUGAAUUGCACUGAACUAUUUUAAGAGGACUGUUUUGAUUUGGGCUCUAGCCUUUAUUCUUGUUUCAUAAACAUACUGAUUUUGUCUGUUUUCUCCUAUAAGAUUUCUUAUAUUUUUAUAGUUCUUUUAUCCACAUAGAAUAAGUUAAUGCUUUAUACGUUUGUUUUUUUCUCCCUUCUAGUUGGUAGUCAUUUGAGAGUGUGCAUAUAAACACACACAUGUAUCAAUAAUCAUAAAGUGUGAAUACGUUUUAAAAAAGAUAUUUUGGUCUUCUAGGGAAACACACUGACAUCAGAAGGGGUGAAUGUCUCAGCCUAUCUCUGCCAAGUAUUUUUGUACAGCGAGUGAAGCUUGCUGCGAUUUCCUUUCAUGUCUUAGUAAACCAAAGUUAUGUUUGCCAUUAAAGAAUGAGAAUGUGUCAUUAAGAGUACUGGUAUGGGUCUGACUGGAGGAAGGAACUGUUUGAUCCUUUCUGCCUGCCUGAAAACACCACCACCUAUUUUACACCUUGCUCAUGACAUAGGCAUGAGAGGAAAGGUCUUUGAAAUAAGAAAAAAAAAAACAAUGUGGCCUCUGUUGGUUUAUUUUUUUUUAUCUAUUUUGCCAAACCUUUGUUCCAAUUCCUUUUGAUGAGAAAAUCAUCCAAACUAAGAAAUGAGAAUAAACACAUAUCUUAUGUUUACAUUCCCAAAAUAAGGGUGACACUGGAUUUAUUUUUUGUCAGGUUGUUUGGUUUCGGUCUGCCCUGACGAUUUGUUCACCAGAGAGUCUACAGAGGCAGAUCUGCUCUGCAGUACGAAGUGGAGUGAGUCCUACCCACCUUUCCCUCUUUGUGAGGGUGAAAAAUAGCAAAAUGAAUGUUAGUCAACAACAAUUCUGUUACUUAAUACCUGGAGAAUCCCAAAAAUAGAUGCAAACAUGUUGUGAAUGUAUGGUUGAAAGUGUCACUUGCAGGACUGCAUGUGUCUGAAAGUUUUGUUUACCAAAGGAAUACAACUGUGUUGAAGAAAAAUGGAAGAUUUGCUGUUGUAAAAGAAUUUUUUUCUGUAUUUUAACAUUACAAGUGACUUCAGAGGGUACUACCUCAAUGGGAUUUUGUACUUAUAUGUAAAAAUGUUAACUACAGUUAAUUGAUGUAGUGCUGCCAUUUAUAAUAAGGAUUUUGAUAGUAUUUUUGAUCUUUGUAUAACAUAAUCUUAUUUUCAUUCUGUUGCAUUUAACAUGAUGGAAGUGAAUUUCCAGAAGCUACAAGCGUUGCUCACCAAAAGGUGAUUAUCUGUAAAUAGUGAUUAUGCCCUCGCUUUUUAAAGAUUAGAUGUCAAAUAUUGGAUUGAGAGUGUGCAAGAGUGGGUACUGAAAAAAAACCAAUGCUGACAACAGGCACCACUUUUAACAGAGGUUUUGAUGAAAUGAUUACGAGAAAAAGAGAAAAACACUGUUGAACUUUGUUAUUUAUAUUUUACAAGACUUUACUGUAUGCUGCUGUGCAGAAUAACAUGAAUUCACUAGAGAAAUAAAAUGUAUCAAAUAUUCAGAGCUAUAA